UUCGAUAGUAACUGAGAGCGCAUCCUUCUAGAAUUUAGAAGAUCCGUUCAGCGAUCAUCAUGUUCAACAAUCUCCUCACACAGUUUGAAGAAGACCCGUUCUUCUCCGAUCCGUUCCAGGUGCAUCAUGAGCACAUGCGGCAGAUGAGGAGGUGUUUCUCUGACCCCUUCAGUCACGGCUUCAUGCCCAGCAUUACAGAUGGCAGACAGAGAGGUCACAGGGGUCACGGGGGUCACAGGGAGGAGGGUCAGCCUAAAAUGAGCACAAACCUUCGCAAUGACAGAGAGCUGGAUUUCUUCAGCAAUCCUUUCUCUAUGAUAGACAGCAUGAGGAACAGAAUGAAGGAGAUGCACAGAAAUGUUGAGAACAUGGCGUCAGACUCCAACAGCCACUCAUUUUCCUCCUCUUCUGUCAUGACGUACUCGAAAGUCGGAAAUGAGCCGGCAAAAGUGUUCCAGGCGUCGUCACAAACCCGCUGUGCUCCUGGAGGAAUAAAGGAGACGAGGAAAUCUCUGCAGGAUUCUGAGAGUGGACUACAGAAGAUGUCCAUCGCUCAUCACAUUCAGGACAGAGGACACGUGAUAGAGAGGAAAGAAAACAAAAAGACCGGAGAGAGAGAACUCAACCAGGACUUCCAGAACAUGGAUGAAACGGAGGCGCAGUCAUUUGAUGAGGAGUGGCAGAGGGAACUGUCCAAAUUCAAGGUUUCUGCUCCCAUGCACCGUCUGGAGGCCCCGAGACAUCGAGCAGUGAGCCGAGCGGCCAUCAGCGCUCCACUGCAGACACACAGAGAUGUUAAAGCAGCAGCAGGAAAAAACACACAUUGCAAUGAAGUCAACGUUAAAGGCACCGGUGUAAAGAAACAAUAAAACACACAUGAUGCUCACUAGAUCAAACAGUACAUGUGUCUCUGUGUAUUGCUGUAGUUUUUAUAGUGUGACCUCUCUUUCUCAGAUAAAUGAUUCUGAUGGACAAUAACAAUGGAGUUCUUUUCUCUGGGAGACAUUUCAGUAUGAAUAUGUUUUCUAAGUUGUCUUUUUCUCAGUUCUUUCUCUCUCAUUCUGUCACAUACAUUAGGAUGAAAUAAAGUGACACAGAUGAUGACAAUUCUCUAAUGCACUUACUGAUAUUGUUCAAUGUGUUAUUAUACAGAAAUCAUCACAAACUCUCUGGAAACCCUUCGGUGCUGCAUACAUUUGUAAAAAUGACAAGAAAAUAGACUUUUCUAUAAAUGUUUCUCAUAGUUUUUGUUGCUUGUGCGAUGUUGUUAUCAAGCCACUCUUCACUGCCUUGCUUUUCAGGAGGUAAAUGAUAUGUAACUAGUAACCAAAAUCAUAAUUAAUGAGUUAACUUGGGCAAACAAUAAACUCUUUACUGAUCU